CCCGCGGGCCCCUCGGGAGCGCCCCGGGGGCGCCGCGGCUCUUUGGCUGGCUCCUGUCGGCUGGCUGCUCUUGAGCCGCAGCCCUCCAUCGCUGGAUGCCGUGGUCUCCGGGAGAAGCCCGCCUGCGUUGGGGCAGAACGGCGGCGGCGCUGCGCCGGAUUCCGCCCUCCGCGUAGAGGUUCUGCGCCUGGCCACGGUGGGCCCGCCGCCGGCAACGAGGAACCGGAGGCUUGCGGAGCCAGCGACUCAGCCCUCGGGACCGGAGGGUGCGGGCCAGCCUGCUGGGUCUGGGGGACAGAAAGAGGCGAGAGGGGAAGGGCCGCACCGCAGGAGCCGGUCCUCGCCCCCGCCCCCUGCGCGGACGCGCCGGAGGCUUGGCUCGCCUUUCGUGGGGGCCACGCUCCCACUCGCGCCGCCGGAGGUGGGGGAUGCGGGUGACGGCCCCCCCGGGCUCCAGGACCCUCCUCCCCAGGGCUCGGGAGCUCUUGCUCCGCCCGCCGCCCCCUCCCCCGUCCUCUCCACCCCCCAUCCCACCUCCCCACCCCUCGUAAGAAAAUAAUGCUGGCAGGAGCCUGCACCUCCCAGUCGCUCCCAGUGCGCUGCGAGCAAAGGGCACCCGCUGAGUCUCCGUGCCGGGACCCCUACCGAGCCGCCCGCGCCGCCACUUCGCCUAGAGAGCCGCUGUGCUCCGCUUAAGCAGAAGCGGCAAGCGCCGCGCCCGGGAACUGCCAGCUUUGGAGAGGCACCGCCCGCAAGGACAUCUCUCCGUCCCGCCUGAUCCGCAACUCUCGGCCCUCGUCGAGCUCGACGCGAGCCAGGAGUCCGGACGUCCCUGCGCGCCACGCCGCAGCAGCCGGAGCUGUCCCCGCUGCCCCCACUCGGAGCCAACUCUGUCUCGGACCUGGGACUCUAGACUCUGAUUCGCAGCUACUUCUCACCUCGGGGCUGCGCUGUCUCCCCGCUAGCCUUCCCGUUGUCCUCCACCUCUCAGGACGGGGGUGCCACGAUGUCCCGCUGCUGCUCAAGGCCCCGGGCCGCCCUCGACGUGUGACCCUAGUCUAGUCCCCCUGCUUGGCCGUCCGCCCUCUCCUUGGAGACCCCCGGCCCGGCCCCCGGGGGAAGAGGAAGAAGACGACGAGGCCGAGGGGGGGAUGUCUGGCUCCAAAAGCGUGAGCCCCCCGGGCUACGCUGCACAGACAGCAGCGUCGCCAACGCCCCGGGGAGGCCCGGAGCAUCGUGCCGCGUGGGGAGAAGCUGAUUCCCGCGCCAAUGGCUACCCCCACGCCCCCGGGGGUUCUGCCCGCGGCUCUACCAAGAGAUCUGGGGGAGCAGUGACCCCACAGCAACAGCAACGCCUGGCCAGCCGUUGGCGUGGCGACGACGACGACGACCCUCCACUAAGCGGUGAUGACCCUCUGGCCGGGGGCUUCGGCUUCAGCUUCCGUUCCAAGUCCGCCUGGCAGGAGCGCGGUGGCGACGACGGCGGUCGCGGCAGCCGGCGGCAGCGGCGGGGCGCGGCUGGAGGGGGCAGCAUCCGGGCGCCCCCUGCGGGCGGCAGCGGCGGUUCGGCGGCAGCCGCGGCGGCCGCAGGUGGGACAGAGGUGCGCCCCCGCUCGGUGGAACUGGGCCUGGAGGAACGUCGUGGGAAAGGCCGCAAGGAGGAUGAGCUGGAGCCUGGCACUGGCACCGUCGAGGAUGGAGAUGGGUCCGGGGAUGGCGGCAGUUCAGUGGGGUCAGGCUCUGGGACCGGUGCGGUGCUGUCGCUGGGCGCCUGCUGUCUGGCCUUACUGCAGAUCUUCCGCUCUAAGAAGUUCCCGUCGGACAAACUAGAGCGACUGUACCAGCGCUACUUCUUCCGCCUGAACCAGAGCAGCCUCACCAUGCUCAUGGCCGUGCUGGUGCUUGUGUGCCUGGUCAUGCUGGCCUUCCACGCAGCGCGGCCCCCGCUCCAGCUACCCUACCUGGCGGUGCUGGCAGCUGCUGUCGGCGUGAUCCUUAUCAUGGCCGUGCUCUGCAACCGUGCAGCCUUCCACCAGGACCACAUGGGCCUGGCCUGCUAUGCACUCAUUGCGGUAGUGCUGGCCGUCCAGGUAGUGGGCCUGUUGCUGCCACAGCCACGCAGUGCCUCCGAGGGCAUCUGGUGGACCGUGUUCUUCAUCUAUACCAUCUACACGCUGCUGCCUGUGCGCAUGAGGGCCGCGGUGCUCAGCGGGGUGCUUCUGUCGGCCCUCCACCUGGCCAUCUCUCUGCGUACCAACGCCCAGGACAAGUUUCUGCUGAAGCAGCUUGUCUCCAAUGUCCUCAUCUUCUCCUGCACCAACAUUGUGGGUGUCUGCACUCACUACCCAGCUGAGGUCUCCCAGAGACAGGCCUUCCAGGAGACCCGGGAGUGUAUCCAGGCUCGGCUCCACUCACAGCGGGAGAACCAGCAACAGGAGCGUCUCCUGCUGUCUGUCCUUCCCCGUCAUGUUGCCAUGGAGAUGAAAGCAGAUAUCAACGCCAAGCAGGAGGAUAUGAUGUUCCACAAGAUUUACAUCCAGAAGCAUGACAAUGUGAGCAUCCUGUUUGCUGACAUUGAGGGUUUCACUAGCCUGGCAUCCCAGUGUACUGCCCAGGAACUGGUCAUGACCCUCAAUGAGCUCUUCGCCCGCUUUGACAAGUUGGCUGCGGAGAAUCACUGUUUACGGAUUAAGAUCCUUGGGGACUGCUACUACUGCGUCUCGGGGCUGCCUGAAGCCAGGGCCGACCACGCCCACUGCUGUGUGGAGAUGGGCCUGGACAUGAUCGAGGCCAUCUCGUUGGUCCGGGAGGUGACGGGGGUGAACGUGAACAUGCGUGUGGGAAUUCACAGCGGGAGAGUACACUGCGGCGUCCUUGGUCUCCGAAAGUGGCAGUUCGACGUGUGGUCUAACGAUGUCACACUGGCCAACCACAUGGAGGCUGGUGGCAAAGCCGGGCGCAUCCACAUCACCAAGGCCACGCUCAACUACUUGAAUGGGGACUAUGAGGUGGAGCCAGGCUGUGGUGGCGAGCGCAAUGCCUACCUCAAGGAGCACAGCAUCGAGACCUUCCUCAUCCUGCGCUGUACCCAGAAGCGGAAAGAAGAGAAAGCCAUGAUUGCCAAGAUGAACCGCCAGAGAACCAAUUCCAUCGGACAUAAUCCGCCCCACUGGGGAGCCGAGCGCCCCUUCUACAACCACUUGGGUGGUAACCAGGUGUCCAAGGAGAUGAAGAGGAUGGGCUUUGAAGACCCCAAGGACAAGAAUGCCCAGGAAAGUGCCAACCCAGAAGAUGAAGUGGACGAGUUUCUGGGCCGCGCCAUUGAUGCCAGGAGCAUUGACAGACUGCGGUCUGAACAUGUCCGCAAGUUCCUUUUGACCUUCAGGGAGCCCGACUUAGAGAAGAAGUACUCCAAGCAGGUGGAUGACCGAUUUGGUGCCUAUGUGGCCUGUGCCUCCCUUGUUUUCCUCUUCAUCUGCUUUGUCCAGGUCACCGUGGUGCCCCACUCCUUGUUCAUGCUGAGUUUCUACCUGUCGUGUUUCCUGCUGCUGGCCUUGGUGGUGUUUGUGUCUGUGAUCUACGCCUGUGUAAAGCUCUUCCCCACUCCCCUGCAGACACUCUCCAGGAAGAUCGUGCGAUCCAAGACAAACAGCACCCUGGUUGGGGUGUUCACCAUCAUCCUGGUGUUCCUCUCGGCUUUUGUCAACAUGUUCAUGUGCAACUCUAAGAACCUGGUGGGAUGCCUGGCAACGGAGUACAACAUCACGGUGAACCAGGUCAACGCGUGUCACGUGAUGGAGUCGGCCUUCAACUACAGCCUGGGUGACGAGCAGGGCUUCUGUGGCAGCCCCCAGCCCAACUGCAACUUCCCAGAGUACUUCACCUACAGUGUGCUGCUCAGCCUGUUGGCCUGCUCCGUGUUCCUGCAGAUCAGCUGCAUCGGGAAGCUGGUGCUCAUGUUGGCCAUCGAGUUCAUCUAUGUGCUCAUUGUCGAGGUGCCCGGCGUCACCCUCUUUGACAACGCUGACCUUCUGGUCACCGCCAAUGCCAUAGACUUCAGCAACAACGGGACUUCCCAAUGCCCUGAGCAUGCGACCAAGGUGGCGCUGAAGGUGGUGACACCCAUCGUCAUCUCUGUCUUCGUGCUGGCUCUGUAUCUUCAUGCCCAGCAGGUGGAGUCCACCGCUCGCCUUGACUUCCUGUGGAAACUGCAGGCCACGGAGGAGAAGGAGGAGAUGGAGGAGCUGCAGGCCUAUAACCGGCGCCUGCUGCACAACAUUCUGCCCAAGGAUGUGGCUGCCCACUUCCUGGCCCGUGAGCGGCGCAAUGAUGAGCUAUACUACCAGUCCUGCGAGUGUGUGGCUGUCAUGUUCGCCUCUAUCGCCAACUUCUCUGAGUUCUAUGUGGAGCUGGAGGCCAACAAUGAGGGUGUUGAGUGCCUGCGGCUGCUCAAUGAGAUCAUCGCAGACUUUGAUGAGAUCAUCAGUGAGGAUCGGUUCAGGCAGCUGGAAAAGAUCAAGACCAUAGGUAGCACCUACAUGGCUGCCUCUGGCCUCAACGACUCUACCUAUGACAAGGCCGGCAAGACCCACAUCAAAGCUCUCGCAGACUUCGCCAUGAAGCUGAUGGACCAGAUGAAGUACAUCAAUGAGCACUCCUUCAACAACUUCCAGAUGAAGAUUGGGCUCAACAUUGGACCUGUAGUGGCUGGGGUCAUUGGGGCUCGAAAGCCUCAGUAUGACAUCUGGGGAAAUACAGUAAAUGUGGCCAGCCGUAUGGACAGCACUGGGGUACCUGACCGCAUCCAGGUCACUACAGACAUGUACCAGGUGCUGGCUGCCAACACAUACCAGCUGGAGUGCCGGGGUGUGGUCAAGGUCAAGGGCAAGGGUGAGAUGAUGACCUACUUCCUCAAUGGAGGGCCUCCCCUCAGUUAGCAGAUGCCAGCUCGAGGUGCCAGCAGCCUGGCCUCCAGAGGAAUGGGACACCUCUUUUGCACCGUGAGCAGAUGGGGCCUGUGCUCCAGCCUCACAACUGUGCUGGUAAAAUUUCUACUUUGACUCAGAAGCAACUUCUGCCUUUGCUGGUGGGCAUGGCCUUUGGCCAAGACCCAGGGUGCCAGUGUCCUGCGAGCACCAAGCUGACCAAAGAUGUUUCCCUUGGCAGAAGAUUCCGCUAGACUUGAGUUGAGCCUUGAGUUUUCUGACAGGUGCUGCUGCUGCAUGGUGGGGUUGCCACUGGAGCCUUCGUUGGUGGUGCAGCAUGGCACAUGGUGGCUGGCCUGAGGAGAGGCCUUGGUCAUGAUUGGUAGGUAGGCAGGCUUGAAGCUGACCUGGGGGCAUCCAGGGAUCUCUAGGGUCUGCUUUUCCACUGUGGAGAAGCCAUGUCCCUGAUGGUGUUUUGGGGGCAGGAAUGCAGGAGUUGGAGAGGUGUGGCCUGUACCAUCCUCUGUCCGCACCUCCACGCACAGACAGUGCCCUGUAAGGGAAACAGGAUUGUUGAUGAGGGGGAGGCAAGAGGACACCAAGCAAGGAGCGGUGGCUCUGAGCAAAAGAAAAUAUUUAUUAAAUAAAACAAAACAAGUUUUCUGUGCCCUUCUUUAGACUAUGCUAGUUGUAUGCGUGUAAGAGACACACAAGCAAAUGAGGAUACCACUGGGGUAGGGUGGUGGGAACCCCAACUUGUCUUUUUGUAUUCUUUAUUUUGUAUUAUUGAAACCUUGGAGAUCUAUACCAAAUUCUAUAUUUUGUAAAUUCUCUAUAUUAGGAAACAGCUGUGCACAGCAGGGCAUUUCUGCUCCUCUAUGCUGUACGUAUGUCAGUGUGUGUACUGGUGUACGUGUGUGUUCAUGCCGUGGAGCCUCUCCCUGCAGGGUCUGUUCCCCUCAUUUCACACUUGGCAGUUUUUGGUUUUCCUAGGCACAGCCAGGGGUGUGCGUUCUUUGGGAUAUUACACAGGCGCCAUGCUGGUCCCUCUCUUUCUAAGCCUCAUCUACACACAUCCCAUUUCCCAAGUAAAUAAAUGCAAACAGAACAAGAAGUCAGAAGGCAUCGCUCCCACCCCAGGCUGUGUCAAAUGUUGUAUGUAGUUUCUCUCCCUUCAGAGGCAGCUCCUAUAGAUUCUUGGGAGCUCAGCAGUGGCUAGGGCUAGAGGACACCCAGACUAUAUGGCCUACUCACCUGGCCCAGGUGCCGGAGGCUGUCUCGGAGAGGGUCCCUGUGACCUGGGGAUGUUAUGUGUAGGCCUCAGGUUUGGGGAAAGGGUGUGGCCUUGCCUUCUACCUGCAAACACAGGCAUAGUUACCCAUAAAGGAAAAUUAGCAAAAAAAUUUGUUAAUUUUGAUGGGAGGGGAUAGUUAAAUAUACUGAGGGGAAAAUACUAUUUUUAUUAUUUCGAAGAACACAUUUGGAAAAUGAUAUUCCAUCACAGAUAAACUUGAACAGCAUCCUUACUGUCUGUGCCCAGAUCUUUCAUUGCUUCUCAGGGCGCAAUUAUUCUCCCCUCUAACAGGAGAAUAGAGGUGAGGUGGCAGCUACGUGCCAGCUCAGUGUUACUUUCACCACCCUCCCCUUCCUCGUUUGAACACAGCACCCAAAAGCAAAGUAUGAGCCCAGGAACCACACCUGCACCUGUUCUGUGCUCGACCACUCCACCCGAGUCCUGCAUUGCCCUCACCUCUGACACAGGGGGCUGCUUCUUCAAAUUGUUCUCCAGUUCCUAGCCCCCCACAUGUCCUGCCAAUGCUGGCAGGUUUCUGUUUAGCUUCCAACCAGAGCACAGUGUGCGUGCUGCGUUUAUACUGUGUUCUCCCUGUGGGUCAAGGCCUCGUGGAGGCUCCUCUCCCUUCCAGCAGUGACUGAUGACAGUGUGCAGCGCUAGCUCUUCGUUCCCUCUGAGGGGUGUGUGCACUCUUUUUAUUCCUGCUCUUGCAAAAAUGAUACAAUUAUGAUUUCCCAUGGAAAUUGAAAAGUCUAUUUAAAUAAUUUAACUAUUAAAAACACUUUCACUGGUAA